AUGCCUAACCCCACCUCGCUCUUGGUGACCUUGACAGCUGCCCUUGCGGCUCUGCCAGAGGCUCAAGCUGCCAUCUACACAAAGAACUCGCCUGUUCUUCAAGUCAACGCUCGCAACUACGAUAAGCUCAUUGCAAAGUCCAACUACACCUCUAUCGUCGAGUUCUACGCCCCAUGGUGCGGCCACUGUCAGAACCUCAAGCCCGCCUAUGAAAAGGCCGCCAAGAACCUCGAUGGUCUCGCUCAAGUCGCUGCUAUUGACUGCGAUGAUGAGUCCAACAAGCAGUUCUGUGGUGGUAUGGGUGUCCAGGGCUUCCCAACUCUCAAGAUCGUUCGUCCUGGAAAGAAGACUGGUAACCCCGUUGUUGAGGACUACCAGGGUCAACGAACUGCAGGUGCUAUUCAAGAAGCUGUCAUGAGUAAGAUCAACAACCAUGUUACGCGUGUGAGCGACAAGGAUCUUGACUCUUUCCUCAAGGGUGAUAAGCCCAAGGCUAUCCUCUUCACUUCAAAGGGAACGACUAGUGCUUUGAUCCGAAGCAUUGCCAUUGACUUCCUUGAUGUUAUUUCAGUGGCGCAGAUCCGUGAUAAGGAGACGGCGGCGGUUAAGAAGUUUGGCAUUGAGAAGUUCCCCGCUCUUGUCCUCAUUCCCGGGGAAGGCAAGGAUCCUAUUGUCUACGAUGGUGAGAUGGCCAAGAAGGAUAUGGUCAAGUUCCUCUCACAGGCUGGAGAGCCUAACCCCGUUCACGCCACUGGCAACACCAAGAGCUCAAAGCCCAAGAAGGCCGAGUCCAAGAGCGCUAAGAGCGCCAAGAAGAGCAAGGCUACCGAGUCUGCAAAGGAGGAGCCCGUUGAGUCAAAGGAGUCUUCCACUGAGGCUGCCGAGGCAGUUCCUACGAUCAUUCCUAUCUCUACUAUCUCUAGUCUGGAGAAGCUCGCCGAGGAGUGUCUCGCUCCCAAGUCUCACACCUGUGUUCUUCUCUUCACCCCCAGUGAAGCUGGCGAGAAGGCAGUCGACUCGCUCUCCCACCUCAACACCAAGUACGUCCACGGUGGCCGAAAGACAUUCCCCAUCAUCGCUGUUCCCAGCGACAGCGACGCUGCCUCUACUCUCCCCAAGGCUCUUGGAUUCAAGAACGAGGUUAACCUGAUCGCUAUCAACACCCGCCGCAACUGGUGGCGUCAGUACGAAGGUGACUUUAGCCUUGCCAGCGUUGAGAACUGGAUUGAUGCUAUUCGCAUGGGCGAGGGUGCCAAGAAGAAGAUCCCCGAGGGUGUUGUCGUCGAAAAGACUGAGGAGAAGUCUACUCAAGCUACUGACCCCGAACCUGAGGUUGAGACUGACGGCCCCAAGGAAGCCAAGACUGAGGUUGAGACCGAGGUUGAGAUUGAGUCCGAGACUCCAGCUGAAGCUGAGGCCGAGGCAAAGACUCCUGAGCCGGAAGCUGAACCUGUCGCUGAGUCUGAAGCUGAGCCCAAGACCAAGGAGGAGAUCAAGCACGAGGAGCUGUAA